UUAAUUUUCAUGGAGGGUUUCGGCGUGAGAAAAGGUGCAUGGACUAAAGAGGAAGAUGAACUUCUGAGACAGGUCAUCGAAAAGCAUGGAGAAGGAAAAUGGCAUCAGGUUCCUUUCAAAGCAGGCUUAAACAGAUGCAGGAAGAGCUGUAGACUGAGGUGGCUAAAUUAUUUGGAGCCAAAUAUCAAGAGAGGAGAGUUUACAGUUGAUGAAGUUGAUAUGAUCAUCAGACUUCAUAAGCUUCUAGGAAACAGGUGGUCUUUAAUUGCUGGAAGACUACCGGGAAGAACAGCCAACGAUGUAAAGAACUAUUGGAAUACUUAUCAACGGAAAAAGAAUCAAAAGAUGACUUCAGGCGCAAAAAAAAUGAAAGAUAAAUCCCAAAAAAACACAAUCGCCCCUUUGGUUGUAAGACCUCGACCACGAACCUUCAUCAAAAGGUUGAAUUUUUUGGAAAGAGAUGCCAAUUUAGAGCAUAUUCAUUCAGAAGAGAAUUCAUCCACUUCUUUACCAACAGCACCACCACAAACUCUAGAAUUAGAGAAUGUAAUUGAUUGGUGGAAAGUUGUAUCUGAAGACAGUACAGGAAGCAUUGAUAGAACAACAUGUUCUAGUCUUGGUUUAGAGGACGACUUCUUCACAAACUUCUGGGUUGAAGAUAUGGUACAAUUGUCAAGUAUAGAUGGCCAUGAUCUAGUCAACAACUUCUACGCAUGAGUGACAUGAGCGACUUUUCUAUGUCUUCCUAUUCCAUAUUAGUAUUUGCACUUUUUUUAUAUUUGGUUUGUCGUGCAUAUCUGGUUGUACACUACUAAUAUAUUUCCAAUGUUGUAUUUCGUUUUGACAAAAGAUUGCGCAAGUAGAUGUGGUAAUAUAGUUUUGCUGAUGAUAGAUGUUG